AAUGGCGCCACUUGGCCGUUCCAUUUGUCAAAAUGCUGCGCGCGACGCACCGACGCUGGUUCUCAAUUGCGGGCUCGGUCCUGAGCCAUCGGCGCCACCUCAUUCUUCUCGAGCCGUCGCUUUCGGCCGAGGCGUGGCCCAAGAAGAUUGAGCAGACCGACCACAUCCUCGCCACGUACAGUGCGAUUACGGACAAGAUCAACACCAAGGAGCGCGCCCAGCUUGUCGUGUCGGUGGCCCACCCCGGCGCGACCAACGCCGACGCGACUCCGGAUGCGGCGACGCACGACGCACUCGUCUUCCCCGAGAACAUUCGCCUGCGGAAUAUUCGUGCGGAAGACGUGACCUUCGUCACCGAGACCUUGCUUCAGGAGGACGUUGACAUGGACGCCCUCCAAGCACGGGUGACGGUGGCCCCGCUGCAAGGCAAGCACGUGUUUGUGUGCGCGCACGCCAACCGCGAUUUUCGCUGUGCGUGUGCGGGCCCCAAGCUCAUCGAGUGGAUCGAGAAGGAUAUUCCAGAAUGGCAAGCGUACGCGACGAGCCAUUAUGGCGGGCAUCGUUUUGCUGGCAACUGCAUCGUUCAUCCCAACGGCGAAUGGUACGGUCAUGUCAACAGCCGCGAUGCACUCGACCAAGUGCACCGCGGCAUCAAGGACGACUCACCCGUUGUCGCCGACCUCUGGCGUGGUCGUCUCGGGCUCUCCAAGGCCGAUCAGCUCGCUGUCUAUGCCGCCGAGCAUCCGUCGUCGUGAGUAGAAAAUAGAGCUACCAGUGCAGUCCUUGCUUGCGUUUCGCUCGUGGCAACGACGAGGUGCGAUGGCGACUCGGCCUCACCACGCAGCUUUAUGCAUCUAACACAGCGGCCUGUCGUCUUGAGACGCAAUGACAUGGUGAUGCACGCACACGACGCACUAGACUAUCAUGUUG